AUGAGACCGGAUCCACGAGCGACGGAAGCUCCGACGCCAGCACCGACGUUGCCGCCGACCCCCGCGCCGACUCCUGCUCCGACCCCGGACCCGGGUCCGUGGACGACGAUCACCAUUGACCACGACCAGGUCAAGCCGUUCGCGCAGCCCGAGUCCGUUACGAUCUCGGAGAAGGCCGCAGUGAAGUUCAAGCCACAGCUUCAUAUCACCAACGGAUGCCAUGCAUACCCGGCAGUGGACGAGGCCGGUCAGACCAGCGGCGGGCUCAAGACCAAGGGCGCUCCUAGCGCUGGCUGUAAGGGGUCGGGAUGGGGUUCUCAAGUUUACGGCCGCUCGGGCUGGUACCAGGACGUCUGGGCUAUUAUGUACUGCUGGUACUUUCCCAAGGACGAGCCGUCGUCUGGCAUCGGCCAUCGCCACGAUUGGGAGCACGUUGUUGUGUGGAUUGAUAACCCUGACGUCGAGAACCCCAAGAUUCUGGCCGGGACGCCGUCAGCCCACAGCGGGUACCACAAAUACGCUCCUCCGAAUGCUGGCACGGUCGAUGGUGUGACCACAAAAGUCGCGUUCGAGAGUCAUUGGCCCAUGGACCACGCCCUCGACUCCACCACGGAAGGAGGCGAUUUCCAAGACCUCAUUAUGUGGGACCAGCUUACAGAUAACGCGCGUAGAGCUCUCAACUCGGUGAGUUUCGGUAGCGCUGAUACGCCCAUGAACGACGGGAACUUCCAGGCUGAGCUGGGAAGGGCUUGGCCUUUCAGUACCUAG